AUGCCUAUUCUUAUCUAUCUAUCUAUCUAUCUAUCUAUCUAUCUAUCUAUCUAUCUAUCUCAGCCUAUUCUUAUCUAUCUGUCUCAGGUGAUUCAUAUCUAUGUAUCUAUCUAUCUAUUGCAAGCUAUUCAUAUCUAUCUAUCUAUCUAUCUAUCUAUCUAUCUAUCUAUCUAUCUAUCUAUCUAUCUAUCUAUCUAUCUAUUGCAAGCUAUUCAUAUCUAUCUAUCUAUCUAUCUAUCUAUCUAUCUAUCUAAGCCUAUUUCUAUCUAUAUCUCAGCUUAUUCUUAUCUAUGUAUCUAUCUAUAUCUCAGCUUAUUCUUAUCUAUGUAUCUAUCUAUCUGUCUCAAUGAUUCAUAUCUAUGUAUCAAUCUGUCUCAGGUGAUUCAUAUCUAUCUAUCUAUCUAUCUAUCUAUCUAUCUAUCUAUCUAUCUGUCAUUUUUGAUGGGAAAGCUGACCAGACAUUUGGACAUCAUUAAGAAAACUGCUGUGCUCACGUAUGAUGAAUUUUUGGACUCGGUCAAUGAACUCAAUCGAACUACUGCUAGCUUUGCUGAUCGUAAAGGAAAACAAUUACGUUUCUCUGUAUGCAUAGGAACAGAUGACACAUUAUUGUGGAAAGGAACGGUUAGGAUACGUUGCCAAAAGAUUAACAUAAGUACAAUGAAAGUGGAAUCUUCUCGGCUCCUUAAUCUUCGAGAGUAUGUGCUUCUCUACAAGGAAAUUACAGAACAGAUUGGAAAUAUGAAUAUGAAUGAAGAGACAGAUGAAGAUGUUGGCUCAUGUUCAGCAUCACUUCUUUUUGAUGAAGUGGAGCAGAUUGGCUUAGUUUCAGACAAGGAAGAUGAGGAAUGCUGUAUCUGCAUGGAGAGAAAAUCAGAAAUAAUCUUGCCUUGCAUGCAUUGUUUCUGUGAGAUUUGCAUUGAUUCUUGGAAUAUUUCUCACCGAACCUGCCCAGUAUGCCGGGCAAAUGUGCAGGGUUCUGAUGACACCUGGGUGCUCACAGAAAAGCCAGACAGCACCGAAUAUGAUACUCAAGUGAAAGGUUAUCUCAUCGGUUUGGCUGAUACUGUUGGUAAUCCACAAUAA